GCUUGCCGCAUUCUCAUUCAUUGUAACUUGCGAGUCUUCAAGGGUUUUUUUUUUCUUUAGGGCUUCCAACAUUCAAUUUCUUCCUUCCGUCGAUCAUCAAUGGCUGCCUCCAAUGCACGCAAUCCCAUCCCUGCCUCCCCUCUCAACUCUCAGAUCGACAAAGAUGUCCCUGGACUAGACAAUCCUAUCCCACUUUCUCCUCAAUGGCUUCAUCCUAAGCCAGGAGAGAAUAAGAUUGUGAUGUCGCCAAGGGAAAAUCGUCCCAGCCCUUUCACGGGCUAUGGAGAUCGCUCAACUUUCACCAAGUCUCCGGGAUAUGUCAAGGAGAUACAUGAGAACCAAAAGAAAAAAGAUGUUUUCAGACCGACUUUUCUUGAUGCAGAAUCCGGGCGUUGCGACCGUUGGCGUGAUGAAGAAAGGGACACCAACCCUUCAGCUCGUCAGGAUCGUUGGAGGGACGGAGGAAAAGAAAUGGAUGAUGAGCGGAAAGUUGACCGGGGGGUUGAUAAUUCAUCCACUAUGCAUUUUGGAGAAGCACGUCGAGCUGCAACUGACAGAUGGGUUGAUCCAAGCAAGGAGAAUAAUAAUGUGCAGCGUCGGGAGAGUAAGUGGAACUCACGCUGGGGUCCAGAUGAUAAAGAGGUGGAUAAGUGGAAUGAUGUUGGGAAACAAGGAGAUAUUCCUCAUGAAAAAGGGCUGCCACACGUAGCUAGUUAUGGGAAGGACGAGAGGGUAGCUAGUCAUGGAGAGGAUGACAGGAAGUGUGAUCAAUAUCGACCAUGGAGACCUAGUUUUUUGCAAAGUCGUGCAAAAGCAGAGCCUCCAAAUCAACAAACUCAAUUGACAAGCAAAGAAGGUCCUGCAGUUGGCCAUGGGAGAGGCCGUCGAGAAAAUGCUGCAACCUUUUCUUUUGGUCGUGGAAGGGUUAAUUUUUAUUCAGGUAGUAAUAACUAUUCUGUUCAUGGAGAGUUAUCUCCCUUCAGAUAUAACAGGACAAAGUUGCUUGAUAUUUACCGGCUGACUGAUUUAAAAUCUUCAAACAACACACUGGAUGGAUUGUUGCAAGUCUCCUCUCUUACUCAGGAAGAACCUUUGGAGCCUCUAGCACUUUUGGCACCUUCGCCUGAAGAAUCAGCUAUUUUGAACGGAAUUGACAAAGGAGAUAUAGUAAGUAGUGGUGCACCUCAGAUUUCUAAGGAUGGAUCUAGUGGGCGAAGCUCAAAUGAUUUUGUGCAAUCAAGAAGGACGAAACAUGGGAGCAGAGAUGAUGUAUCAAUUUCUCUUGAUGAUGAAAAUGAUAGACUUGACCAUACUACGGGUACUUACACACAAAUUUCAGAGAGCACAUCCCAUGAGAAGCAAAUGUCUGCAUUUUGUUACAGUGUUUCAAUUGAUCCCAAUGAAAAUCACCAGACGCACGCGGAUAAUAAGUUUAGGGUUACAGGUACCAGAGAUGCUGAUUCUGUUUUAAAGAAGGGCGAUGAUGUCACAGAUAAUAGAGAUUCUGCAAUGAAGGGGCGUGUUUGUACUCAGUCUGGAAUUCCAUGGCGGUCACCUUCUGUUGAACAGCUUGUAAACACGCAGCGACGUGAUUGGUUAGACGUUCCAAGUGAUAUUCACUCUAGAAGCUCUGACACCAGCUGCAAUGAAUUCAAAUGGAAAAUUGGUGAAGAUUCUGCUGUCAGGAAACAUCCUGCUGUUGUUGAUGGGGAGCAAGAGUCAAGAAAGCUUGUGCAAUCUUCACCAGAGUACCUAUUGCUUUAUUACAAAGAUCCACAAGGCCAAAUACAGGGUCCUUUCUCUGGCAGUGAUAUAAUUGGGUGGUUUGAGGCUGGAUAUUUUGGCAUAGAUUUGCAAGUUCGGCUGGUGAAUGCUCCAAUGGACUCUGCAUUCUCCUUACUAGGUGAUGUGAUGCCCCACUUACGAGCCAAAGCAAGGCCACCACCUGGAUUUAACACUACAAAGCUGAAUGAAGCAACUGAGCUUUCUAGUAGGACAAGCUUAAGUGGGCUUGGGAACAUUUUUUCUGGCUCCAGUGGUGUGGAUUUACUUGCGAAUGAACGCAGAAAUUCUCACGGGCUGUCAACUGAAGCUGAGAACAGAUUUAUUGAGUCGUUGAUGUCCGGAGAUGUCAACAGUAAUCUGGAGAAAUUUGCCUCCACAGAAGGUUUUGUUGAACAGACUUUGAGUAGUAUGCCGCCUGUGGGGACCGAAAGUGGAAAUGCUAUUUUGGCUCAAAGAGUAAACCUUGAACGGCAAAAGUCUUUGACUCAUCCUUAUCCGUAUUUGUCAGCAAGAGAUGGAGCCCCUGUUGUUCCAUCCUCUGACUUUGUUAGACAUUCCACUAUGCCACAAGCAAAUCUUCUUUCCGCUGUUGGUGGUAUGCCUCGGCAAGCUCUUUCUCAGAAUGUUGAGAUGAUGUCCAUUCUUCAAGGUUUAUCUGACAAGUCUUCAGGUGGAAUGAACGAUGGCCUUGGUGGUUGGCCAAAUUUCUCUGGACAAGGCAAUAUUGAUCCAUUCAAAGAUACAACUGACUUGCAUCACUCUCAAAGUUUUCCUCAAGGGGCAUACGGAAUACCGCAGCAGCAACAAAAUCAUCCAACAAUAACAAAUUUACUAUCCCAAACUUUGGAUAGUUCGACCGGCGUUUUACCUGACAAGCUACUUACUUCUGGUCUUACACAAGACCCUCAAGUGUUGAAUCUGUUGCAGCAGCAGUAUAUGCAAUUACAUUCUCAACAGUCCACUCCAAGCCAACAAUUGUCAUUGUUGGAUAAGAUCCUAUUGCUUAAGCAGCAACAAAAACAGGAGGAGCAGCAGCAGUUGAUGCUUCAGCAACAGCAAUUGCUUUGUCAGGUGGAGCAGCAACAAUUGAUGCGACAUCAACAGCAAUUACUUUCUCAGGCUCUAUCAGACCAGCAGGUUGUUCACCGUUAUGGAGAUCCAGCAUUUGGACAAUUAAAGUCCUCAGUGUCAUCUGUUGACCAGUUAAUUCUUCCUCAACACUCUCCUCUAUUGCAGUUGAACUCUCAACCUACGGUUUCUGGUAUGCUAGAUGCUAAAACUUCCAUCAUGCCUCAGCAAGUUUCCCAGGACUUGCGUCGUACAGUUCCUACUGAGGGCUCAUCUUUGCACCUGCCUCAUCAGCUGUUUGGAAAUCUUCAGCCUAAUCAGUCCUCUAUUUCGACAUAUUUUAACGACAUCAAGAAUAAUGAUUUAUCAUCAUUAUCAAAAAUGAUGGACAGUUUAACUACUUCUGAAGCAAUGGAGAAAUGCCAGAGUGCUCAUGCAUUGGAGAAUCCUGCUUCUGACGUUUUGACACAAUCUUCAAUAGGCCAGGUGGUAGAGAGCAAUCUAAAGACAGUACUGCCUACUUCAGUGGUGGACUCAGGCAUCAAUGUGAUGGUUUCUGACCCUGCAUCUUUUGACUUGUCUGAAUCAUCUGUGUGUAAAUCAUCUGCGGUGUCUCUGGAGAAUAAGAUCUUGAGUUUUGAGAGAACUGAUGAUGCUGAGCAUAUACCUGCAGUUGUUCCGGAGGAAACUGCUGUUAAGGAGUUCCAUGAAGAGGUAACAUCAUUAAAAGAAGCAAAAAAUGUUGAAACACGUGAGGUUAAGAAAAAUUCGGAUAAGAAGUCAAGGAAGCAAAAGUCUUCCAAAGCACAACCAUCUCCAGACCAAGCGAGGGGAGCCUCCAAAGCAUCCACUCAGAAAUUCAAGCAAUCUGAUGUUGAAGAAGCCCUUGCUGUAGAAUUGCCUGUAACUACUAAAGAAACUUUAGAUGGUAGGUCUGUGGAGAUAGCUAGAGAAAACAAGUAUUCCCAAGAAAUUGAUCUCUCUACCUCAACAAAUUUGCCUGUUGGUGCUUCUGAAUCUAGGGAGGCCAAAGGUGAGCAGAAGCAGAGUGAUGUCAUUACUCAACAAAGUGCUCAAUUAAAUUCUUCACUGAGCGCUUGGAAACCUGCUGUUUGUGUGAAGCCCAAGUCACUUAAAGAAAUUCAACAGGAAGAGCAAAAGAAGGCACAAAUGGAGAUCCCUGCCUCUUCUGUUUCUGCUUCUGUUAGUCCUUUGAGUCUCUCAUCUCCUUGGACUGGAGUUGUUGCCAAUGCUGAACCUAAAGUAUCUCGGGAAUUUCGUCAUGAUAUUGCUAUCAGCGAGCAUCAUUUGGGAAAAGGAGAGCUGUUAAAAAGCAAGAAGAGUGGACUGCACGAUCUUUUGGCCGCUGAAGUGUUAGCAAAGUCUAGUGACAGAAGUUUUGAGUUUGCUGACAAUGCUUCUAGUCUCCCACCAUUAUCUACAGUGCCUAGUCAGGGGCAUGUGGUUGAUGAUGAGAGUUUCAUUGAGGCCAAAGAUACCAAGAAGAGUCGCAAGAAAGCUGCAAAGGCGAAAGUUGCUGGAACAAAAGUUUCUGCAGUUGCUUCUUCUGCUGAUGGGACAGUGGCAUCAAGUCCUGGUGAGAAAGGAAAAUUUUCUAAACAUGUACAAGCUGAUAAGGAAGUUUUUUCGGCACCACCAUCUGGUCCAUCUCUUGGAGAUUUUGUACCUUGGAAGGGUGACUCAACUAGUCCUUCUCCUGCUCCUGCAUGGUCUACAGACACUGGAAAGUUUCCCAAACCCACAUCGUUGAGGGACAUCUUGAAGGAACAGGAAAAGAAGGUGGCACCAGUUGCGCAGUCUCCGAUAUCAACUCCUCAAAAACCUCAUUCAAGUCAGGUGCGUUCAGGUUCUUGGUCAAUAUCAGCGUCAUCACCAUCAAAAGAUGCAUCUCCAGUUCAAAUUAUUUCUCAACUUUCUCCACAAUCGAAGCAUAAAGGAGAAGAUGACUUGUUUUGGGGUCCACCUGAUCAGUCAAAGCAAGAAACCAAACAGGCAGUUUUUUCUCAGCUCAAUAACCAAGGGAGUUGGGCAACCAAAAGUACUCCCACAAAAGUAACACCUGGAGCUAGUAUUAGACGACAGAAGUCUGCUGGUGGGAGGGGUUUGGAGCACUAUGCUUCAUCAUCACCUUCGUCUGCACAAGUGUGUAUAAAAGGAAAGCAAGAUGGGAAUACAAAGCAUUUGGAGGCAAUGGACUUCAGAGAAUGGUGCGAGAAUGAAUCAGUUCGGCUUACUGGAAGCAAGGACACAAGUGUCCUGGAAUUUUGCUUGAAGCAAUCAAGAUCUGAAGCCGAGUCACUUCUCAUAGAAAAUUUUGGAUCUUUUGAUCCAAAUCAUGAGUUUAUUGAGAAGUUUUUGAAUUACAUGGAGUUGCUAUCAGCAGAUGUCCUGGAGCUCGCAUUUCUAAGUCGGAAUGAUCUGAAGGCCUAUAAUAAUGUAGCCAGAGAUAUGAAUUCUGACAAUUGUGGUUUUGAAGAUUUUGACCGAGACGGUGUCGCAGGUAACAACAGGUCUUCCAAAGGAGGGAAAAAGAAGGGGAAGAAAGGAAAAAAGGUUAGCCCCGCUGUUUUGGGGUUCAAUGUUGUCAGCAACCGCAUUAUGAUGGGCGAGAUCCAAUCUGUAGAAGACUAGGAGAGGUGCUAGUGUUGUAAAUACAUUGUCUCAACUAACUGUAAAUGAUUUUCCUUUUCGGCCCUUGUGUCCCUCAUCAUUAGAACUACAUUUUGUCGGCUUAACCAAAAUUUUGUGUACUGAUAUUAUGUGAGGGCCCUUUAUUUAUGUGGGCUUCAUAGAGAACUAACAGGCUUUGUUUCGAGUCAGCUAAACAAACUUUCUGAUUUUCGACCCUUGGUUCUGCUUGUAAUUUUUUUUUUGUAUUGUAGAAUUGGCAGUUUACUUUGCCUCAGCAUUGGGUAUGUUAAUGUUAUGACCCAUGUUCUUGACCCAUUCUUGUACUCUGUUGGACGAAAACCAGAUACACAUGUCCAACUUCUAUUGGUACCUUUGAAUUUAGUAGAAGCAUCGAUAUUAUCUUACACUAUUAGGGCAUGUAUGGUAUAACAUGGUAAAUCAAAUGGGAUGGAAUUGGGUAAAAGGGAGGAAUUCAUAUACCCUCUAUUC